AUGGAUAAGGACGGGGAGAAGAAGGGCGGCGGCGAGAAGAAGGGUGGCGGCGGGCAGUCGGGAACCGGUCUGGGAGGCGCAGCCGGUGUUAACGAUCCGGCCGCGCUGCUAGAUGCCGCCUCACUGUUUGCUUAUUGGGGACGCGAUCCUUCCGCAAUGGCGGCCGCGGCUUCUAAUCCACUGUUCGGUUCACAGUUCGGCAUGCCCGGUGGACUUGGUGGGAUGAUGCCGAACACCGGUUCCGGUUCCGGUACCGGCAACGAUCGGUUCUCGAUGUCCCACUCGCACCAGAACACGAUGGCCGUGGCCGCAUCACAGGCAGCUUCAUUGGCCGGCUUACAUACCAGCUGGUGGUCGAUGGCACAGCUGGCCGCACAGGACUAUUUCGCCCGGUUGCAGGCGUCCGGCAUGUCGCAGCUGCCAUUCUCGCACGACCUGGCCGGCGCUUUUCCGGCUGGGCUGGGGCUUGGGGCGAUGAGUGCGGCGGCUGCCGCUGCCGCCGUUGCCGCCUCGGGUGGUAACGCAUCGUCCGGUGGUGCCGGUGGUGGUGGUGGUGGUGGCGGCGGCAGUGGUGGAGGCUCCGGUAGUGGAGGUGGAAACUCCGGCAAGGGUGGUUCCGGUGGUGGAAAAGGCAAAAAACGCGACAGAAGCAGCAAUAGCAACAGCAGCAACGCCAGUUCCGGGGCCGGCGUCGGAUCGUCCGGUGGAAUGGCGGGUGGUAUGGGUGCCGGUGGAAUGGGUGGGGGAACCGGCGGUGGCAGCAACAACUCUUCGUACAAGAACUCUUCCUCACCGUCCGUGUCACAGGCCGCAGCCGCAGCCGCCUACAAACAGUCCCUCUACAGCCAAGCAACCCUCCACAAGGAGCUGAUGGCCAUCACGGCGGCUGCAGCAGCCGCCCAAAAUCAGCAACAUUCCGGUGGAGGAAGUGGUGGCGGUGGUGGAGGCAGUUCCAACAGCUCUCACGCCCAGCAACAACACCAGCAACAGCAACAGCAGCAACAACAGCAGCAGCAGCAACAGCAACAACAGCUCCAACAGCAACAGCUCCAGCAACACCAGCAACAUCAACUCGCCAGUCUCAGCAUGUUGGCAGGGCUUGGCAGCGGUGGGAGUAAUUCCCUCGGAAGCGGCAAUUCCGGUGGUGGUGGUGGAUCGUCCUCGAAACAGAAAUCGUCCUCAAGCGGUGGUUCGUCCGGUGGUUCCGUUUCGCUAGCAUCACCGCACGGUGCGAGCAGGCUGAUUGGAAACGACUCGAUAUCGAUCACGCGCGGUUCCAGCUCACCGUCCGUGAGCUCGAGCAAGCAGCAGCCAACGCCCAGCGUUACCAUCAGUGCCAGCCACGGGAAUCCCGGGUCUUCGUCCUCGCAGCAGAACCACCUGCAGGGUCUGUCGUCCUCGUCGCGUUCGUCGAAGGAUGGCAAGGGUGGUAUGAGCGGGGCUACCGAUUUGGGAUUGAGCGCGUCGAUGAACGCCCUCAGCACACUGUCGCAGUUUAAUAAUCUCGACCUGACGACGCAGCAGAACAUGACGGCGACGAUGAACGCGCUGGCGGCGAGCCAGGCCAAGGCGAAGGACUACAUUUCCUCCGGGAUUCUAAAUGAUCCUUCGUCCUUGCUCGGAGUACGCCUGCCGCCGGACACGGAGAUCAUCAAGUACACCUCCUCCAUCGUGGGGCCCAAGGUACCGGGCACGACCGGCCGUGGACGUAAGAAAACCAUUUCGCUCGAAGACAAUUCCAUAUUUGCUCAAAUGAAUGGUUUAAGUGCAGCCAAGCGCCAGCGACUGGAACCGAACGAGUAUGGCGGCGGAAACAGCGGCAGCGGCGGUGCCAGUGGCGGAUCUCAUCUGGGUUCGGGAUCAUCGGGAAGUGGCUCUGGUUCUGGACUGCUUCCGCCCGGUAUGUCACACCAUCAUCACCAGCUCGGUAGCAACGGUGGCAUUGGAGGACUCGGCCCAGGCACGACUGGUGUCGGAAGUGGCGUCGGUGGUUCCAACGAUCGGAUAGAGGUCAUCAAGCUACCGCCGACCAUCACCUCCAAUGGAGUGUACAAUGCCGGAAAGGGGACAGUCAAAGACUCUAUGGCCGAUCACGUGAACGAAUGGUCGGGGUUGAAUCUCAGCGCCAAGGGUUCCAGUGGUGGUGGGUCGUCCUCGGCAGCAGCCACUAUUGUGUCCUCGCUAACGGCGGCCGCAGCGGCUGGUAUGAACAGUGGUGGUGGUAACCAAUCAUCUGGCCUACUGGAGCAAGACGACGCCCCACUCAACCUGUCAAUGAAACCGUCAAAAUCGUCGAACGAAGGUGGCCGAAGUGAUUCGACACAUUCCGCUUCGUCGUCGUCACCGGCGAUGUCCGCGGCCAGCGCCAACAGUUUGCAGAGCUUGAGCACCAUCACGGCGGCUCUUGGAAAUACGAAUGAUUCCUCGCGAUCUCGUCGAAAAUCCGACAACAAAAGCCGCCGCAACGCGUCGGCUGCGGCAGCAGCAGCAGCGGCUGCUGCAGCUGCUGCUGCUGCCCUUGGUGCCGGUUCCCUCGGCCUGGAUGGGAAUGUCAACAUGAGCCUGGCAUCCGCGGCAGCCGCUUACGCCGCCGCAGCUCCAGUUUCGACCGGCGCGGCAGGUCUCGGCACCGGUACGAACAGCACCAGCACGCUGAACUCCCUGCUGAUGGCCUCGGUUGGUAGUGGGUCCGGAACCAGUACCAUCACCACCAACUCCACCUGCAACACCACCAGCAGUGGCAGCGCCGGCAGCAGCAGUGGUGUUGCCACGGCUGCCAACCAUCAGCUGAUGGCGGCCCAGCUCGGCUUCAACAGUUCGCUGUCGGAGCUUUUGAAAAUCUCGAAUUACGAGGAGUACGACUACUCGUCGCUCGCCGGUUCUCAAUUCAAGGAAGGCCGCCCACGUAACCUUGGCCGUGGGGUGUCCAAACCGAAGAAGAACACCGUCGCUUCUCUGUUGGCGCAGAGUCGAGCCGUUGGGUCUAAGCCUCUAACCGCGCAGCAGCUGUUAACGCAAGAUGCAGAGAUUGAAAAACUGCGCCAGGCCAUGCUCGAGGCGAGCCGGAACCAAUCGAUGGAAAACAGUACGUCCAAUACGAACACCGAUACGGAAAGUAUCUCCGAGAGUGGCAUGUCCGAGUCGGAGGGCGAGGAGCAUAUAAACGUAAAGGAUCUCCGGGUGCCGCUGGAAAAAGGCUGGCGAAGGGAGACGGUGAUACGCGGGUUGACGAGAAACGGUCACAUUAAGGGUGAUGUGUACUACUAUCCACCGCAGAGCGUGAACAAAAUGAAGGGCAUGAAUCAAAUCCAACUGUACUUGGAUCAGUUUAAGCCGAAGGAUCUGAGCCGUGAUAAUUUUAGCUUCUCGGCAAAGGCCAUCGUGGGCACGUUCCUGCAGCCAGCUCCAGCACCGUACGCCACGGAUGGCGAGUUCAUCAAAAUGACUGACGUGGAAGUGAGUCGGCGACUGGAGGAACUGAAAAUGUUCACCCGCCAUGCGGGCCUCGGUGUUGAGCAAAGGAUCGAAAUCGCGAAACAGCAGCAAGCGCUCCGAGACGCUAAGAAGCUCGCCAAGGAAGAGAUGAACAAGAACAAGGAAAAGGCGCGACAAGUAAAGGAAGCUGAGCGCAACGAACGAUUGGAGCAGCAGCGCAAGGAGCGUGAAUUGAAAAAUCAGCAAGCGUUGGAGGCAAAGAAAAAACGAGAAGAAGAACUAGCUCGACAAAAGGCGGAAGAAGCAGCCCGAAAAGCACAGGAAAAAGAACAGAAACGACAGCAGGCAUUGCUGCAGAAGGAACAGGAACUCGCCAAACAGAAGGAGUUGAUGUAUGCGAUGGAAAUGGAACGCGAAAGACGAAGGCAACAUAUGGCACUGAUAAAACAGCUUGAACUGCGUCGCAAAUUUGAAGAAAAGGAAAAGAAGAAACAUCAAGUGAUUUUGGAUAAAUUGAUCCAGCGCGAAAAGAAAUUAGUGAUGAGAAAGAGGGACACUAAUAUCCUUGCCGAAUUGAGAAAACCGCAAGAAGACUCGGAAAUAGUCGAACAGACUGUUCUGCCUAACUUUUCGCGAAUUCCUGGCUUAAAGCUAACGGGCACAGGGUACGCCGACCUGUUGAUGGUAUUUGAGUUUUUGCACAAUUUCGGUGAAACGCUAGGCUUCGAUAUGGAAUCGCUGCCGAAUUUGCAAUCCUUCCAUGUCGCACUAACUUCUGAGAACGCGAUCGAUGCCGAGGAAGAGCUACUGUCGGUGAUGACGCAUUUGCUGGUGUGUGCUAUUGAAGAUCCGGGCAUUCCAAACCCGGGCCGUCAUACGACUCUGCUCGGACAAACUCUGCGACAGGCCGACAUCACGCACACGAACGUGUCCGAGAUACUGCGCAUCUACCUAUAUGCCGUAGCGACAGGCGAGGUCAAACAGCAGUCCGGUAUCAAUCUCGAACGCGACCGUGACGCACCGUCCAAGCAUCAUCUAGUCAACGACGAGGAUUUCAAAAUGUGCAGCACCAAGAACUCGCAGUUCUACGAGCUGCUAGCCGAAAACGCACGCUACAAGCUAUCGGAGCUGCUGAAAGACAAGCCAUUCGUGGCGCUCAACCCAACCACUAAGACGGAGAUCUUGGCCAUGCUUUGUAACGAUCUGCUGAUGAACAAGGCCGUCUGCAAACAAAUCGACAGUAGCUUGGAAUCGCAAGCGCAGCUCAAAAAGGAACGGUACCUGUUGGACAACAAGAUCCGGAAGUACAAAAUGCUAGUGGCGCGUAAGCAGCGGCUCGAGCAGUACGAAAAAGCGCAGCAGGCAGCCCUGGAAAAGUCUCUCUCCAUGAAAGCAGCCGAAGAGGCCAAGCGAGCUGAAGAAGCAGCCGCUGUCGCUGCAGCUGCAGCAGCAGCAGAAGCAGCAGCAGCUGCAGCGGCCGCAGCAAUUGCCGCACCGACGAGUGAAGCAACGGACGGUGAAUCGAAACUUCCUGGCUCGGAUGCUGGUGCAGGCGCAGAAGGUGAAUGCGGUGAGGUUGUGGAAAACGGUCCUCCGCAGGAAUCGGAACCAUCCGCGCAAGAGGAUGGGUUGAAUUCUGCGGCACACCCUGAAGGAACUGCCGAGGAGUUGGAGGAAGGUGAAAUCGUGAACAGAAAAGAUUUCUCCGAGGACGGACAUAAGACUGAUGAUGAUGACGAUGAUGACGACGAUGAUGACGAUAAUGAUGUAGUUGAGAUCGUACCGAUGCCCGUGACGUGCACUGUUACGGAAGAUUCCUGCCCGAACACGAUUCCACCGACGGCUGACGGAGAAGAUGGCGAAGAGAACUCAAAACCUGAGACAAGGUCCGCGUUGAGGGAUGAGUGUGAACCGAUGGACACUGCCACAUCGGCCAACAUGAUGGCGGGUGAUCAGAGCGUGAAUUCGGAAUCGAUGAAUGGCGUUGAAGCGACCAUCGGUGGGGACGCUUUUCCGGAGCAGACCUCGAACAACGGUCCUAGUGUGCCGAUGCAGGAAAAUCACCACAACACCGUGCAUCCGUCGGUGGAGGAACAUAACGCUCCGCCUGUCACACCGCCACCGGCGCCGCCACACCCGGUCGUGCAUCACGUAAUGCAACACAAUAGCAAAAUGCUGCAGCUAGAGCCGGGAGAAAUUCCUCCCCCCGGCAUAUCUGCGUUAGGUGUGUGUUCUUCCGGUGUAACCGAAAUACCGACAAUAUCCGUUCCAUCGACACCAGAGGAAAGCCCCGUCAAAAUUGGAGAUGGCCACCCGGGCGUUGAAACGCCCAAUGGCGGAGGUUCGUUGAACAUGAUCGGAAAGCCGUUGGAAAUGGCAAACAGUGAGCAAAGCAUUAACCAGCAGCAACAGGCUCAUCCGGGCCAAACGAACACUUCCGCCAGCGAGUUGGAUCUCCUGUCAAAGUCCAUGAUCAAUGAUCACGCUACGUGCGGAGAUCGAGCCGACGAAGACAACAGCGACCUGGAGAGCGAAGGAACACAGCUCGAGGAGGACGAGGACGCACACUUAACGGCGGAAGAGGCGCAACGCAAGUACGACAAGAUCCUCGAAACGUCAUUCCAAAACAAGCAGCAGCUCGAGAAUGCACUCAACCAGCUGCGAGUGAAGUGUUUCGGGCAGGAUCGCUACUGGCGGCGGUACUGGAACCUAGGCAAGUGCGGUGGUAUCUACGUGGAAGCGAUGGAAUCUACCCAACCGGAAAUGUAUCGGUACGAGAACGCCCUCGAGGAGGUCCAGAACCGACCGGACUACGAGCCGAAGUAUGCACCUGCUGUUAAACCGGAGAAUGCGAUGAAACCAGAUCCGGUUGAAGAAGCAGAUGGCGUUAACUGCAAACCGGAAGCCGUAAAAAGCAACGACACGCAAGAGGACGCAGAUGGGCAGGAGUUGAAGCAAGAACUGCAACCGAUGGAUGAGCGGAAACGGAAGCGCAGCUCGUCGGUGUCACUCAAAAAGCUGAAGAAGAAGAAAAAGAAACCACGCACAACUUCGGAAGGUGGUGGUGCGGUGGGAGGAGCAGAACAGGAAGGUGUUUCUUCGGCCGGAUAUGACGAUGGUGCCGAAGAGGACGAUGGAGAUGACGAGGACGAGGAGGGUGAAGAUGAUGAGGACGAUUUUUCGCGAACAAGCUUUAGCAAUGGGCCAGCACUGGAAGAUGGUCGUACGGCGGAUUCCCAAUCAGAUGAUUGCAAAAUCAUCGAUGAACCAGAAGUGACGCUUAAUGACAGGAGCGGCAAUGGUGCUACUGAUACUACGGUUCCUCUCGAGGGCACGGAAGACGAUCGAGUACGUGCCUCAAAAGAAGCGAAUCAUGCAGCCAAUGGCAACUCCGGAGCAAACCUUGACGAUCACGAAAGUCAGUUGAAGGGCCAUCACGAAAACGAGGCUGCUGGAUUUGAAUCUGCUAAUGCACGCCAGGAAAAUCAUCAGCCAACGGAUGAAACCGCAAGUCAUGCACCUGGAUCGGGCAAGAAAUCCGACGAUCAGCUAAUGGACAUCGAAGACUCGAUCCCAACGGCCAUUCUCGUGCAGAAGGGUAACGAUCACGAUCAAACAAAGACGGUCGAGGUGAACAACCAGAUCGGUGGUGUGAACGUGUCGCCUCAUCAGCCUCCUCCACAUGCAGCAGGGCCGUCUACCUCGAUCGAUUCGCACGAUGACGAUGACGACGUGACUAUGGUGCAGGAGGAAACACCCACGAUCACCAUUCCGGACGACGACACGGAGAGUGGCGAUCGCAUGACGGUGGCACACGAGGGAUCGGAAGCGAAGCCAGAUAACGAUAAGAGCACGGGGGUGACCGGAAGUAGCAUGAUGAACUGUGAUAUGAAGCCAAAAUUGGUGGAGAACGGCGUAGAGUUGCGCGAUCCUGGCGAGCUAGUCGAGUGCCAGCUACAAGAGGUGGACGAUGACGAAGAGAUCGUGCCGUCGGAACGUGGAAAUGCUGGAGACUGUAAGCCAGCGAUCGCGGCAGGUUCCGUCGAGAAUAGUGGAAGCGAUCGCAAACCCCGGACAACGACGACUACAUCGGUCAUUUCGUACGGCAGUGACGUCGAGAUGAUCGAGGUGAAGGACGAGGAUAGCAACAGCGCAUCCCGACCGCAGGUUAUAACGCCCGGCGGUUACCUGUACCUGCGCAGCACGGACACGAAGCAGGAGAAGGAGUUUAGCGAUCAGCUGCUGAACCGCUGGUUCUCGAUCGUGGACAAGGAGUUGCCACUUUCAAGCACCGAAUGUGCGCUGCCAACAAUCAACGGCAACACGCCGGCUUCGGUCGCGCGGCAGAUCUUCACCAACAUCACGUGCAGAGAGAUCUGCCAGAUCCAGGGCAACCGGUGGGACAUCGGAAACAACAUCCAGUUCUUCAGCGUUCCACUGGAGAAGGGUGUCGAUAUUCACUUUCCGAACGAGUCCAUCCUGUCGAUGUCUGGAUUGGAUGAUGACGAAAUCAACGAGGUGAUCGCGAAGAAAAGCCGUCCUGAGCCGUUGCAGCUAUCCGACAUGAAGCCGGCGUUCAAGCGUGAAACGAUCGAGUACUCGUACAGUCACCACCACCCGAACCAGAUUCGAUUGCGAGCUGAGAUGCUGGCCGAGGAAGCGACUGAUCCGGAGGAGUACGGAAACUUUUCCCUUCCCGCGUACAUGACGCUGACGCUCUCGAACCUAACCGCGUACGUACAGUGUGAUCAGUUCCAGCCACUUCAGAUGACGCCAGAGGAGGAGAAACAGCUCGAGGACAUCAAGAUCCACGGUGCGCCCCGGAAGAUGGAACCGCAGGCCGUGCCACGUGACUUUCGUUACGGAUGGUGGAAAAUCAACGACAUCGAGGAGCUAAACGAGCUGAUCAAAUCGUUGAACCCACGCGGUGUCCGAGAGCGGCUGUUACGGCAAAAUCUGCUGGAAUCGUUGGCGGAAAGUGUCAACCUCACGACGCCACAUCACGUGUCACAUCCAAGGGCACCGCCACCACCUAACGGAUACAUCGAACCGGAAGCGUGGAACUCCUGGAACCCGUCGAUCGCGCGUCGUGUCGAAGUCGCGCUGCUCGAUCAGAUCGAAGCGAUGGAGGACAAGGUGGCCAGUGCCUCGAUGCAGGUGAAGGGCUGGCAGAUGCCUCAGCGCGAAGGAGACAGCGAGAACGGCAUCGUGGAGGACGUAACGAUCGAGAUGUUGCGCGAGCGCAUCCUUGGCCUUGAGGCAGCCAUCGAGCGUCGGUACCUGAAGCCACCGCUAGGAAUCAACACGACCGAGGCGCAAAUGGCGGUUAUCGCGCAACAGGAAUCGCACAGCAACCAGAACAACUCGAACGUGUCCAACCUCUCAAACUGCUCGAACAGCUCCGCCGAGGAUGAGAAUCUCCCGAAAGGUCUGCUUUCAUGGCGCGACGCAGUGGAACGUUCCGUCACUACCGCCCAACUAUCGAUGGCACUGUACGUGUUGGAAUCCUGCGUUGCCUGGGACAAGAGCAUCAUGAAAGCGCAAUGCGCGAAAGGGGGCAAAAGUGGCGCCGCCAAGAAGGCAGGUCAAGGAAAGUCAAGCAAAAAGAAAAAUGGCACGGUCGCCAACCAGCACGAUUCGCCGGCGGGCAAGAAAGGCAAUGCUUCUAAUAACCAUGCUACCACUACCACUACUAACACCUCGGGAUCCUCGGUGGCAGCAACGGCAACGACGACGACGACAACGACGGCGGCAAGAACAUCGACGAUGACGACGACAACGACACCGACGACGGCCGCGGCCAAUGGCAAAUCGAAAAAGAAAGUCCUCUCGAAAACCAAACUGUCUUCCCUUCUAUUGCAGAAUUGUCAGUUCUGUCAAUCGGGAGAGUCCGAGGACAAGCUGCUGCUGUGCGAUGGUUGUGAUCGGGGCUACCACACCUAUUGCUUCAAGCCCCGCAUGGACAAGAUACCGGACGGCGACUGGUAUUGCUUCGAAUGCAAGAACAAAGCCACCGGCGAAAGAAAAUGCAUCGUGUGUGGCGGAUUGCGUCCACCACCGCUGGGUAAGAUGGUGUACUGUGAGCUGUGUCCCCGGGCGUAUCAUCAGGACUGUUACAUACCCCCGAUGUUGAAGUAUCCCCGUGGCAAAUGGUACUGCCAGAACUGCGUCGCGAAGGCUCCGCCAAAGAAGAAGCCACAACGCAAACCGAAGGAACGCACCACCAACAACAGCUCGCAGUCGCUGCUGAACACAUCGUCACUGAGCAGUUCCCUGAACCAGUCGUUGAAUUCGUCCCACGAGGACAUCGCGACGACCCCGUUAAGUCCAGCACAUUCAAUAGCGUCCACGAGUCAUGAAGAAUCGUCGGCGCCACAACACCUACAGCCACCACCGCACAUGCCGGGAGCCCCAGCAUCAGCAGCAGCAGCAGCAACAGCAACAUCGGCUUAUCAACACCAUCAGCACCACCUCCAGCAGCAACAGCAGCAGCUAAUGCAUCAUCCUCAGCAACACCAACAUCCGCAGCAGUACGGUGCACAUAGUGUUCCUGGUGGCCCGUCGGUUGAUAACUACUCCAUGUGCCAUUCGCCUGCGUCCACCGAAGCUAUGGCCGCCAUGUACGGUCAGCAACAGCAGCAGUACUACCAGCAGUUCUAUCAGCAACCCUCGCCAUCGGUCUCGUCCACCAUGGCACCACCGACAGCAUUGCAGUCGCAACAGCCUCCACAGCAGCAGCAGCAGCAUCAUUUCCGUCAAACAGCCACCCCGGAAGAUGGCCAUUCUCAAUACACCACACCGUGUGAUGCGUCGUCUGCGAUCGCACCGGCAGAAAGUUAUGCAAACCCACAUAAUGUUUCGGCGGGGCAGAGUGAUCUUCCAUCUGUGGAAUCGAUCGAGCAGGGACACGCUCAAAGAGAAACAUCACCCACCGCCGGAUGUAGCACUAGCGGUGUUAGUGGUGGCGUUAGUGAGUACAGUGGUCCAUCUUCCGACAACUUGAUGAAUGCCGGUGGAACCUGCACCUCAGACUACAUCGACAGCGAGCGGACACCGAUCGGAAACGACGGUGAUGGAAGCUGUGGUGGCGACUCUUCGGAAGAGUACCAACCGAGACCGUCCCCGGCGAAGGAGUCGAUGAGUACGGCCAGUAGUAGCAGCAGCAACAGCAGCAGCAGUGACCAUCAGCGGAAGGAGCGGUCGAAGGAACGGGACGAGGCGAAAGAACGCGCGAGACAGGAGAAGAAGGCUGCCAAACGGUUGCUGAAAGAGCUGGCCGUUUGCAAAACCGUCCUGGAGGAAAUGGAGAUUCACGAAGACUCGUGGCCAUUCUUGCUACCGGUUAACACCAAACAGUUCCCGACGUAUCGAAAGAUCAUCAAAUGUCCGAUGGAUCUAUCGACGAUCAAGAAACGCCUCCAGGAUGUAGUAUAUAAAUCACGCGAAGACUUCAUCGCGGACGUGCGGCAAAUAUUCGACAACUGUGAAGUCUUCAACGAGGAUGACUCACCCGUCGGCAUUGCCGGGCACGGUAUGCGUAAGUUCUUCGAACAACGGUGGGCUGACCUGACGGACAAGCACUCCUCCUGAUACCACCAACAGCAGCAACAUGUUAGUCCCAUAAAUAUCACGCUUGGGAACGCUUCCAGCAGCACGGCUGGAUUAGAGCUAGCAGAGACGAAACCAUCGAGCGAUGAUGGUAUGUUUCUGUCGCCUUUACCACCACCGCAACCAUCCGUUAUGUCAACAGCGCUGUUGCCACCAUCACGGCACUACGCAAUGGAGCAUGACGGCGGUGGUUGCAGCACCGAACAGCAACAACACCGGAUAUCCGGAAAGGACAUGCACCAGCACCACCACCAUCCGGAAAAUAGCAGCAGAUCCUACCAGCUCGAUGACUGCGGCCAACGAUAAGAUUUUACAGACUGACCAUACACACACACACAACGUCACAAGCACUAUAACAUAGAGAUGUAACGUAAGAUCGAGGGUGACGGCAACAGUGACAACGUUUGCAACAAUUAUCAUAGGCGCGAUUUACACCCCCGGAACCAGAGAAAAAAGACUGUGCCCACCGCAGCGGAUAGGCCAUGCGGACGGAACUUGCACCAGAAUGAUGCAGCGUUGAUGUGCAGCUUCCGUACGGCUCGAAGAAGGAAGCGAAACGAAACGCCCGCAAAUAAAUGAAAUCACUGGACUAUAACUACACAAGAGAGUAGCGAUUUUCUUUUACAAACUGAAGAGAAACGGAACUAUACACGAAGGAUGAAAAGAAGAAAAAACAAACGGAAAAUAAAAUAAUUAAAUCAGAAACAAAUUAGAAAUAGAGCACUUUCAAACCCAGAGACGUAUUAUUGUCGGAAAAAGUAAAACGACACAAACCAAUCAGGAAAGUAGCAGCGGCGGAUGUCAGACUGUUAAGCACACCCAGUCGGUAGCUGAUGGAACAAGUAUUCGAAUUUUAUUUAACUUUACUUUGCGUAAACGAGAACCGUGCGUAAGAAAAGAAUGCUCGGAGGCUCUUGAAAAGAUGCCUAAGGGCUGAAUACGAAGCGUAUUCCGCGGAGGGAAGAGAAAAACCGACCAUAAUGAUUCGGUCCGUGGACGUGUUUGGUACGUUGAAAUGUUGCAAUCCUGGACUUGCCCCGGAUGCGGAUGCACGUUGACACUUAUACCCAUACAUAUAUACAUAUAUUUAUUGAAGCCAAUGCUGCGACGCGGGACCUAGAAGAAAUGUGUGGCUGGAACUGACUGAUGGGGAAUUGUGAACAAGCCGGGAAACUCACCGACACACGCUCCCGGAAACGCCGUACGUCAUGUGCUGACCGAAGGGGGGUUGCAUAUACCUUAAGACAAUGUGCCCGGCAGAAGAAAAAGAAGUAUUUUUUACACAUAUACACAUACACGCACACCCAUACACACGAUCGUACGUAUUAUUUCAAAUUGCGUGGAUUAGGUUUAUAGCGAAUGGUUCGCAAGCAGGCAGAGGAGCGUUUUAAUUCGCUUUUAAGUAAAACAAAUAUAUAUAUAUUUUUUUACGUUCAACAAGUUCCUCAGGAAAGCAAAUCGUUCGCGUUUCGGCGAAAGCAACGAGGAAUCAGGUUUUCCUUUGCUUGUACUGUUGCGUACCGCGGUGCCAAUGUGGCGUUCGUAUACAAGGCAGAGAGAAAGCAAGCAGUACGAAAUGAGACGUGAACAAGCGGCGUGUUGCAAAAAAAAAUCCUCUCAAUCAUCGGUGCAGUUCUUUAUAGUCAGAGCGAUAAACACGAAAGGGAACCGGACGGGGUAUCGUUCGAACCGUGAAAGUAGAUUACACGACAAAAGGUAGACUAGCACACAAAAACCCAGCAAGGACAACCUGUCCAGCGACAUGACGAUGAUAAGAAAUAAUGCCAUCCUUUCCGACACGCGGGAAACGCGUGGUUUUAAGUGCUUAACAGGCAGUGUGCAGAAGUGCAUCCUUCUUGUGCGUGUGCUCACGGUAACGGAAAGAAACGCUAUAGGGCGUAGCUGAGGUGGUGGGGGAGGGACGACAGGACUCUAGAAAGCUCCACCACCCACGCACCCACCCAUAUGUAUCGUUCUUUACACUCUAAUCAUUGACAGUAGCGCUCGAUGUACUGAUGAUGAUCAUGAUCAUGAUGCAGAUAAGGAGGUAGGAGCUUUUUUGGUAGGAAGUUUUCUGCUUGCGUGUACCAUAGGUAAAAUAAGAGAAAGAGAGAGAGAGAGAGAGAAAUCGAAGAGAUAAAAUUGUAAAAAAAAACACACACCACAUCCACUCAACAGA